AUGCUUUGUUUGCUAAUUGUUAUACUGAUACUUUACGCAUCAAUUGAUAUUUCGACAAAUUAUGGUCCAGUUAUAAUCGUGUAUAUUAUUGUUCUUGAAUUUGGAAGUAUGUUAAUUUCUUACAUUUUGUUACAAUUCCCUUUUUUCUAUCGCAUUUUAAAAAAUAUAUUCACAAGAGCAAGAAACAUAAACAAAUAUUCACAUCAAUAUAAACCAUUUUAUUAUGAUAGUCCAUCUAAUAGUGAUGACAAGGAUUCCAUUAGCAUUGAGAGAGGCAAGAAAAAGAGGAGAAAUACAUUUGCCCUUUUCACUAUAAAUAGAAAUAAUAAUAAAAGGUAUAGUGUGAAAAAUCUUUUCAUGGGAUAUAAUAAAUCUAAACGCGAAAAGAAGGAGAAGAAAAAUGAUAAACCAGAUGAUAGUGACCGUUUAGCUAACGGAUUACUAACGAAUGUGGGUUCAGGACAAUCCAAGAUGCAAAAGAAUGAAAAUAAUAUACUGACGACUAUAGGAAAAAAUCGAAAUAAUGACGAUAAUGGAAAUAACUACAAGAGACAAAGUAUCUACCUAGAUGAUUGCAACAUGUGGAUGAAUAGUGAUAUGAAAAAAGUGAAUAAGAAGAAAAAUUUUAAUUUUUCCAAAUCCCUUAGUUUUAAUAUUAAUUUAAAUGAAGAUAAUGAUAUGAUGUUAAAAGAUUCAGCUAGUUUCAGUAAUAUCAAAAUAUUUCUUGGACAUAGAUCAAGUAAAUUUGUUCCAAGUAAGAGUAAAAUAAAAUCUAUAAAAUCUUCCAUAUAUAACAAAUACGUCCCAUUAACAUUUACUUCGUCUUAUAAAAACAAUAUGGUUACACAAUUUUUGAAAGCACAUACAGAGAAUAUACAAUCAGGUAGCUCUGAAUAUACAUCUUCUUGCAGUGAAGAAGAGGUAGGAUUUAACAAAAAUAGAUACAAAAAAGUAUGUAUUCAGAAAUGUGAAGAGAAAAGAAAUAAUGGAAAAAAAAUGGAAAUAUCAGAUCAGAAGAAAGAAGAAGAUGAACAUUUUCAAAAACGUAUGAUAUGUAAGGAAAUAAAAUCACAUAGCAAAGAAGGUUUAGAUAUUAGAUCCAAUUUAUAUACAGCAAAAAGUGCAAUACUAUUUAGUAAUAAAAAAAAAAAGAGAAAAUAUCAAUAUGAGAAAUUAAUUCGAGGUAGAACUCGUUAUUUUAGAAGAAUGAAAUGUUUGAAUAAGAUAAAAAAAUUAUUUUAUUUUUUUAUUAAUUAUAAUAUGAAAUCUUCUAAAACGAGGAAUAAUUUAUUUCUCUUUUUUAGAGGAAUAUCUCUUUAUAUAAAACAUCAGUUUGUACAUUACAUGUCUUAUGAACCCGUUUGGAUUAUUGCUAUAUUGAUUAGAAUAGUUAUGUGGUGUAUUGUAUGGCUAUGGGCAGCUAGCUAUAUGGAAAGAAAGCCAAAAAAUUAUCAAAUAACAGAAUGGAAUAUGAAAAAUGUACCUUCCUUAUAUGGGUACAUAGAAUGCACAUUCCAAUGGUGUGGUGUUUUUGAUUAUUUUUUUGGAUUAUACUUUACAAAUAAUAAAUUGAAAUAUAUUUUCUCUUUUUUUUCAUUAAUAGAUUUUAUAACCACACCUGUAUCUUCAUUAAUCAUGAAUUUCAUGUGUGAAAAUAAGUAUAGUCAAAAUUACUGGUUUUUGAUAUUAGGUCCGUUAAGAUUUUUAAGAUUAGUAAGAGCAGAAAGUACAAUCAGUUCAUGCUUCUUCUGGUUGAGUGAUGUAAAAAUUAUAAUUAUUGGAAUUAUCAUUUUGGCAUUAGCAAUAUUAUUUACUUUUUCUGGAAUCAUGUAUAUUUUAGAAGCUCCAGAUAUAGAAAGAGAUUUUGUGACACCUCUCGAUUUUAUAUACUUUGGUGUUAUAACUAUGUCAACUGUUGGAUAUGGAGAUUAUACUCCUGUAACACCUGCAGGUAAAUAUUUAACAAUGUUUAUUAUAAUUACAUGUAUCAGUUUUGUUGGAGCACAAUUUAAAAGAUUGAAGGAGGCCAUGUUUAGUCCUAAAACAAUCAUGGGAAUUAUUCCAAAACAAGAUGAUGAUUAUAUACUUAUACUUGGUCCAGUAAGUCCUACUCAAUUAUUAUACAUUUGUAAAGCAAUAAAUAACAGCUUUCCAAAUUCAGUAGAAUCAAUUUUUUUAUUUACUCCUUUACCAGUUAUUAUAUACCGUUUUGUCUAUGGGAGUAUAGUGAAGAAUACAAAUAUAAAAGUAUGUAUUAAUGGAGGAAAUGAAUGUUUCAUUUGUCCAAGUAUCAUUUACGAUGCUGUGAUAAAUGCUAGAGCUUUGUACAUAUUGAAUAAUGUGGAUUCAGAAAAAUACACACUUCAGAAUCAGCAAAUAUUUUUGGCUAGCAACAAUUUAAAUUUUAAUAACAAUGAUCAGAGUCAAAGAAUUAGUUCAAAUGAUAUUAUACAUAAUAAUAUUAUAAACAAAUUUAAUGGAGAGAAAACAAAGAAGUGGAAAUAUUCAGAUAUUUUCUCAGAAUAUAAAAAUGAAAUAAACAAAAAUAAUAUGCAUAAUUUAGAAAUGAACAUGAACAUUAAUGAUUCUCAUUUUGUAAAAGAAAGAGAUGAUCAAGAAUGUCUUUUAAGAUUCAUAGGAACCUACAACAUUUGUAACACACUGAUACCUAUCACACUUCAGUUGUCUAAUAAUACUUAUGAGGAAUUAAUAAAAUCCAUGAAUGUAUACAACUACCUCAGCAUGGAAGAGUUGAAAUAUGCACUACUAGCCAAAAGCAUAAAUUGUAAAGGACUUUUCUUCUUAAUCAUAAAUUUUUUUUACAAACCAAAGGCAGUUAAAAGUUUGAAGAAAUACAUUAUUGAUUUGAAAUUGCUCAUGUAUAAUAGAAUUCUGAAACGAAAGAACCGAGAAAAAAUGAAUAAUGCUGCAGGAAAUAAUAUUAACAGUAGCAGUGAAAUGUCCUCUUCUGCUUCAGGGAUGUCAUUCAAUGCCAUGGAUUCUGAUAUAAGACCGAUGAAGAAAUCGAAGAACCCACGUGGCAACACAUUCAGGGAUAGACAACCUGGUACCUUCAACAGGAGAAGCGCUGUGCAGCGAGGGAGCCAAAAGAGGAGAAACAAAGAGGAGAAAGAUAAGAAGAGUGAUAAGAAGAAAGGGAAGAAUAAAAUUAACAAUUCUGAAAUGGACAAAACAGAAAUGAAGGAGACGGAGAUGCAGGAGGUGAAUAGGAAGGGAGUGAAUGCAAGCCAUUCUGAUAUGCAACAAACUAGACAGAGCAGUAGUAGCGAAUCAGAAGGAGAGAAAAAAAACAAAGUGAUAGAAUCAAAAGAAAAUAUAGAUAGCAUAUAUCAAAAUGGCAUGUUCCUUUUGAAAUCUAUGGAAGAAGUAGAUGUUUCACAUAGCCCUAGUUAUAGGAACUAUUAUCAUAUGCUUGAAAGAGUUAGUUUAAAUAUGUAUUACUAUUUAGAAGGCUUAAAGUAUAACAUUUAUCGAUUUCAAUUUCCUGAAUGUAUGAGAGGUUUUUUAUUUCAAACAGCGACAGAAUAUUUGUACCAAAAAUAUAGCGCCUUUUUAAUUGGUAUUAUAACUAUCAAUAAGGAAAUAUUUUUAAAUCCAUCUGAUUAUAUUAUAGGAGAAGAAAAUAAGUUCUAUUAUACUUCUGCUUUUUCUGGCAUUAUUCUAACUACUAGUUUAGAUAACUUGAUUAAGUUAUCUUCUAUUAAGAAUAUCUCGAAGAAGGUGUACGAGUAUAACGACAGAAGAAUCAGUGAGAGAUUUCAUCUUACCACGAAAAGUGUACCUCCUCGAAGUAGACAUAAAGGAGAGCAGGAGCAGAAGGAGGAGGGAAUGCAUCACUCCUGUGAUAAUGAAAACGAUGCUAGAGAAAAAGGGAAGAAAAAGACAUAUUCAAAACGUGGGAAAGUUAAUUUCAGACAAAAUGAUGACGAAUCAAUUACAAGUCCAGAUGUAGACCAUAAGGGGGAAGAAAAUCAUAAUGAUAAUAAUGGCGAAAACAAUCGUGUCUGUAAGAAUAAUCGUGAGGAAGAUGACCCAAAGGAAGGAAAAAAGAGAGGAAGAAGAACUUCUGAUCCAGAGGAAGGAAUAAUAAGAAGGAAGAGUAACCUCUUUUACAAUUUCAUUUUGGGUAUUUAUGAAAUUGAUAAUUACAUAUCAGCAUACAGGGACAUAUUUACAGAUAAGAACAAACCCUUGCUGCUCGUGUGUGGGUGGCCAGACAACAUACACAUGUUUCUCAAGCAUUUGCAGAUGCGCUUCGGCAGUUGCCUGCGGCACAAGGGGAAGAAAAUGAGAAGGUGCAAACAGAAUCGGAAUCGGAAUCGGAAUCGGAAGCAGAAGCAGAACCAGAACCAGAAUCAGGAGCACGACCAGAAGCAGAACCAGAAGCAGAAGCAAAGGAACUACCAUACGGAUGCAUGCAGUAAUGGAGAAAGCAGCAGUGGUCAUGGAGACUGUAGUAGCAGUUCAGAAGACAGCGGGAGAGAUAGUGUCCUGGAGAACAAGAUGAGGAGGAAUAAAAAAAAAAUCCGCAUGGAAAUGAAAUAUAAUAUGAUAAUUCUGUCUUUGCAUGUGCCAAAAUUCAACUAUGAAAAUGAUAUUUUCAACUUUUCCGAUAGCGUUGCAUUUAUCAGAGGGUCAGCAUUAAAUAGCACAAACUUGAUACAAGCAGGUUUAUUCUAUGCAAAGAGACUCGUAAUAUUCAAUGCCAAUCAUAGUCUCUUCAUUGACAAGGAUGCAUACAGAAUAGAUAACGAAGUUAUAAUCAUAAAAAAUAUAAUAUAUCAGUUAUACAAUACUGUGCUAAAGAAUAAAUAUAAUUACCUAAAUUUGAUAAAAAAAAUUUUUAAAAAAGAAUUUAAGGAUGAAAAUAUUAACGAGAAGGUAUUUUCUACUAAUAUGUCUCAUCAACUGAAUGAAAUGAUAAAAGUGACAACCUGCUCAUCCUCCUUGUUCACCACAUCGUGUGCAUCAUCUCCAACAACAUCAUCUGCAUCAUCUUCAGACAGGUCCCCCAUAUCAUCUAACACUAGCAGCUCCAAUUACAGCUCGUCCAAUCGAAGCAGUAAUAGUAGUUCAUAUAUACAGCAAAGGGGAGGGAGAAGAAUGCUAAACAUUUUUAAUACUAAUCGAAAUCCAUACCUUAUAUGUUUAAUUAAGAAUUCAGAAAGCUUAGAAUACAUUGAUGGAAGUAUAAAUUUAUCAUAUGAAAAUUAUAACGACAAUGAAAAAAUGAAUAAAAUAUGGGAAAAUUGUGGAGAAUAUAUUUACACAUUUGAACUUGUUUCAGCAAACAUAUUUGUUGAUGAGAUGCUUCAUAAUUUAGUUUCUUUUUCUUUACCCAUAAGUAAAUAUGCAAUUGAAUAUUCUGUUAUAUAUUCUCUACUUGGUAUUGAUAUAAAUGAAUAUUCAAAAAAUGCAAAAGCUUUUCAUCAAAAUUUAAAAUUAAGCACAGGACAAGUCAGCUUAAUUCCAAUUCCAUCUUACUUUUACAAGAAGAGCUUCUACAAAUGUUUCUCCUACUUCCUCCACAACAAGCAAUGCUUGUGUAUAGGAAUUUUGCGUUACAUGGACAUUUCUCCUCUAAGCAGAAAAUCUCGUAAACUCUUCGUACUCUCCUGCCCCUCAAGGACUAUGAAAAUUGAGCAAGACGACCAGGCUUACGUAAUUUCGAACAUUACAAAGUGA